CAACAAACAAUUGGUCCAAGCAAAGAAUCGCGGCUCUUCAAAAUAACACUUAUUGAACACCUUAUGGUUACUAGUUCGCAACUGUUAUUUUACACUAGAAAUAUUCACCAAGAGAAACGUCUCUUUGGCUCUUCCAUUUCAUAGAUUCCUUCUUGGUCGACAAUGCUUUAUUCCGAGCGAUAAGGUUGAAUGCCAUUUUGAGGUAAUUCUUCCGAAAACUGUGCAAGCAUUUUGCAACACACCCACAAAAAUGGAUUCACUAGGUUCGGCAGUUUCCAUAAAGAUGAUUCUUGCUGUGUUCAUUUCAAUUUUCCAUUGAAGAAGAUGAAUUCUACCAUACUCAAUAAAGCUGCAAGAAAUUAUAUUUAAAGCUUGAAACUAGUUAAUAAUUAACUUAAUUUACAUACCAUCACCAGAAUCACAACAAAAUCAUCUUGCACAUGACAUAACAUACAAUGUCAUGGUGACGAAAACACAAUGAAGACCCGAUUUCAUUUCCUAAUUACUAAUUCGAUCUAAGCAAGCUUUUUGUUUGUGCAAUACGUUUCCUCACUGAGGUUUAUACUUUGAAGAUUGAAGCAAGUAUAAAUCCCAUCACCAUUCAAUAUGCAGCGAGCGGCAUUCACGUCCAAGAUUCCCACCGGGUCGUUAGUCCCAAAACGCUCUUUGGCCAACCGGGAACCCGGAGUGCAUGGAGAAUCGAAUGGAAAACGCUCCGUCAUCAAGCCAAUUUUAAAGCCAAACCAGAUGCAGCAGUGGAACGAGCGAAUGAUUGAAGAUGAAACGCCUCCACCUCUGGUUCCCAGUGAAGUAAUUCUCGUUGAUGAUGACGAGGAUUUGUUCGACUGGGAGCCAUUGGAUGCAACGGAGAUGGAGAUGGCGGUGUUCCAGAGAAUGAAGAUUGAGAGAGAUCUUCGGAAGGCGCAAGCAGAGAAUAUCAAACUGCGGCAGGAAAAUCAACGACUGAAAGCAACAAAAGGGGUAAGUUUUCUCAAUCGUUGUCGUUUUGAAUCCUUACUAUUAAUGAUAGGCGAGAUAGCGGAAUCAAUUUUAUGUUAUGGUUUUUGGUUAUUGUUGUGAGUUGUUAUUGUAGUCUUUAUUUUUGUUCGUUUGUUGCAUUCAGUUUUAAUAUAUUUCUGUAUUUUGUUGUGGUUUUUUAUUCAGAUUUCUGUAUUGUGGUUUUAGAUUUUUCCUUUGUUGAUUUUGAUUGAUUAGUUGUAGUGAUGUUUUUUUUUUUGUAGCCUCUGCUUUUAUUAUGUAUUUUACUUAGAGUUCUACAUUGUGGUUUUAGUUGAUUUAUUUUCGUUUUUGUUUUCAUUGUAGUUUUUUUUUUAUUAUUUGUUCUGUUAUCGUUUUCUGUGUAUUGUUGAACUUUACAUUAUUUAAU